UCUUCUGCUCACGGAUAUGCCCAAGUAUCCUUGGAAGAGAUGCCCCUUCUCAGGCAUGACUGAUGAUUUGUGGCUAGUCAAGCCAAUCUCUGAACAACCAGACGAUGUGGACGAAAUGCAGGUGGCCUGCACCGAGUGGGUCUGGGGACUCAAGCGUGGCGGUUUCCCUUACGUUCUCGCUGAAGCCCAUAACUCACUGUAUGCGCGCAAGGACAUCGCCGACCUCUACGCAUCCUAUCAAUUCAUUCUUGUUCCGACCUUCAAACUCGUCAAAGACAUCAUGGACUUCGUAGACCACGCGCGUGUUCUCCAUCGAGACGAAAAAGACAGAUCGUCUCGCCGUCCUUUCACAGCGCUGGCACCCCCCAACGGCCUCUAUCGUUACGUCUUCAUUCCAUUUACCGACGCUGCUCGCGAACUGCAAAAAGAAUUCGACCUGCAGCCCCAGACCGCUGACGAUCUGACUGGCUGGGUGAAUCCAAUAAUGGGCGAAUCAUUCUGGGAGGGCUGCGAUGCCUUUCCUGUCGUCGAAUGCUAUACUCACCCUUACUUCAUCUGCUAUUACGCAGAGAAGGCGUUUGAAUACCACAACCUAGGCACAACGGUCACGGCUCAGUACUCGAUUGCUGCGGAAGAAGUCCUCGACCUCUGGAAUAUCAGCACGACAUCGGCACACGUCCCUCAAUGGUUCAUCGACUAUCCGAGCAUGGAAGAUGAUGACAUCACAGUGGCGAGCUCGCAAGGCUACGGAUAUACGAUAACCUCGCAGAGCAAUGGCCAGAAUGACCGUGUCAAAGUCGCUACCGAGGGCGACGACGUACUGCAAGCAGGCGUAUCCGAAUGGACUCAAGCCGUCGAUCCCGAGUCCAUUCCCGAGGAGCAGCCUCCAAUCCUUCCCGAGCCGAUAGAGGUCCGCCGCUCCGAGCGAAUACGCAGGCGCUACAACCCCUACGGCAAGCCGGAGCCCGUCUACAGGCCAGAUCCCGUGCGCGAGGCGCCGUGGCCAACACCCGAAGACGCGGACCCGUUCCGGUAUCCUCCCUCGUGGACGAAGCGCACUGGCCGCUUCCCGACGCGCAAGUUCUCGAGCAACGACUGGGCGUUCUUCUGCUAUAACAUCGGUCUCGCGCUGCCUGGGAAGAGCUAACCACUCCCCCCAUGAUCGACGCUUGCGCGCAUCCCGGCUGGCGCGUCUCGCCUCGGAUGGUCCUGCGUUGCGGGCUCUCUCCGCUUUCUUGCGCCCACGAUCACCCUCCGUGUCAUGCGGCGUCGAGGCUUCACAUAUACUAGCCCGCCGCUCAUCGCGCCACGCCCGCUGCGCGUGACAAUCGCCGCUACGCGGUCUCCUCGCCCUGCGCCUGAACCGUGAAGACACUUCAGUCCGACGGACUCUGCGCGCGCCCGAACGCGCGCUCCUCCUCUUCAGCGGUGUGCUCUAGUAGACCCCGCGCUACACGCUUGGCGGCCUCUACUAUAGCUAGGCUCAGAGCCCGCGGCGGAAUUGAACGGCGCCACCCGGAUGCUUGCGAGUCGCCUAUGAUGACCAUAACAUGCGGUCGUCUGUACCUAAAUUAUUCUUAUUCUAUUGGAUAAUGAAACACGAUCGAGC